AUCCUCAAAGUACUACAGUUCUCGGAGAUCUUCUUCUACCCUUUUGAAGCAUACCUCUAUUGGAAAACAACCAUGGCUAUCCGCUUGCCUCGUAUCAUUGGUUCUAAGAAAGUUCCCAAGGGCUACUUUGCAGUUUAUGUUGGAGAAAACCAGAAGAGGUUCGUGAUACCAGUGUCGUUCUUGAGCCAGCCUUUAUUCCAAGAUUUGCUUGGCAUGUCACAAGAAGAGUAUGGAUAUAGUCAUCCUACAGGCGGUCUCACAAUUCCCUGCAACGAAGACAUUUUUCUCGAUGUUACCUCUUGUUUGAAUUGAUUGUGAGAGAAUCAACACAAAUCAGCCUAUACAAAUUUGUAAAGCAAAAAUCACUAACACCACGUAAACAUUUUUUCCUCCAUCCUUUUUGCCUUGGGGAGCAGAUACAAGUCUCCCUAAGUGAAAAAAUAGAGGUGGUGCUUACUGUAACUUCUAUCAAUCAGUAUGGAAAAUGACAAUUCAAAACGCAUCAAUAAAAUGGAAUUUUAUUUA